CGUUAAUGACCUUGGCACAAAAAGUGGCAAUGUGCUAAUAAAAUUUGCCAAUGAUACAAAGUUGGGAGGCAUUGCCAAUAUGGAAGAGGACCAGAAUAUAAUUAAGAUGAUCUGGACGACCUUGUAAACUGAAAUAAUAGAAAUGGAAUGAUAUUUAAUAGUGCAAAAUGAAAGGUCAUGCAUUUAGGGACUAACAAAAAGAAUUUUUUCCUAUAAGCUGGGGAUAUAUCAGUUGGAAAUGACAGUGGAGGAGAAAGACCUGGGCGUAUUGGUUGAUCACAGGAUGACUAUGAACCAUCAGUGUGAUAUGGCUGUGAAAAAGGCUAAUGCGGUCUUGGGAUGCAUCAGGCGAGUUAUAAGGAAAAUGAAGGUUUCCUCCUUCCCUCAUGGCCCUGUAAUGAGCUCCUCUCUGCCUGGCUACAUCAUGUUCUUCGUUAUUCUGUCCGUUCACAAAGUGGACUCAGCUCAAUUUAAAGUGAUUGGACCUGACCACCCUGUCAUGGCCACUGCAGGUGAGGACAUUGUGUUACCCUGUCACCUCAGCCCCAGGGUAAGCGCUGAGAACAUGGAGGUGAGGUGGUACCGGUCCCAGUUCUAUUCACUUGUGCACCUUUAUCGUGAUGGGGACAAUCGGAAUGAAAGGCAGAUGCCAGAAUAUCAGGGAAGGACAGAAUUUCUAAGAGAUGACAUUGCUAAUGGAAGCGUUGCCUUGAGAAUACGCCACGUCAGACCCUCUGAUGAAGGACAGUACAGGUGCUUUUUUCGAUCAAGUGUUUUUCAUGAAGAAUUCCUGUUGGAACUGAAAGUAGCAGGUUGUCCCCACCCCCUCCUCACCCCAGACCUCUUUAGAGUUAACAGGCUACAACUUCCCAGGUGGCCAUGGAUCACACAUGAGAAACCUGCUGUUCGUCUCAAUAUUUUUAUGCACUGGGCAGUGUGUGUGUGUCUGGGCUCUGCUCCUCUCAUCUCUGUUGAGGGUUAUCAGGAUGGAGGGAUUCAAAUGGUGUGUCGAUCAGCUGGGUGGUACCCAGAGCCCGAGGUGCUGUGGAGAGAUCCCAGUGGACAGGCUUUAACAUCAUUGUCAGAAACAAAACCCCAAGGGGCUAACGGCCUGUUUGAGACACAGAGUUCUAUCAUUAUAACAGAGACGUCUAACCAGAGCCUGUCCUGUCACAUCAGAAACGCCCUCCUCAACCAAGAAAAGGAGUCGACAGUUUAUAUAGCAGAUCCUUUUUUUCCAAGGGUGUCUCCCUGGAUGGUGGCUCUGUACGUGUUCCUGGUUAUUUCCUUUGUUUUGAUAGGCGUUGCUGCUUUUCUCUUCAAGUUAAGAGGAAACCUUCAUGCAAAAAUUGGGAAGAUCCAGGCUGAAAAAUCCUGUAUACCUGGAAAGUUACUGGCACAAACAUGGAGUCAGGGAUCACAUGUCUUCUGUGCCCCGCUGAGUCACUGGGCCUCCAUUGUCCAUAUGCUCUCUGCAAUAUCCUCUGGAGAUGCCCACUGGAAGAGUUCAUUCUCCUUAAUGACCCAUCAACCACGGCUGGCUGGUCUUGAUGUAAAUCUGUCAUGUGGGUGCCUCCACCCUGAUGGAAUCCUCUGCCUGAUGUCUAGAGUAUAGUUACAGGACAGUAUUCUCCUGGGACCAGCUGGGGCCCUCAUCAGUAUCCCCUAGCUGGUAAUCAGACCCAGGCAUUUGAUACUGCUCAGUGGGUCUGAUGAUUCCCAGGACUGCCUACUGGGUUUCUCCCAGGAAUAGGGCUGUCUGGUCCCAGGCCCCUCUGGCCCUUAAAGGGUCAGUCUGGCCUGUUACAAAGAGGAUGUGUCCCCAGGAUGAUGGGGAUGGAAAGAGCUUUUUGUAGCUGCUGGCUGUCCAUGUUGGCUUCCUUUCCUGUUGAAUGUUCUUUUUCAUUGCUUCAAGGAUGUCAGGUUUUUAUAUUAGUUAAAAUUAGAGCUUCUGUAUUGAUGUCUUUAUCCAACAAUAAGUAAAUAGAAGUACAAAGCUAAGUUUAUUAAUCUUUAUGGGAAGGAGAGCAGAUUGGAUAAAGAUUCAGUUACAGAAUCAAAUGAAUAUUAAAUGAUGAUAUAAUCUGAUUCAAAAAAGCACUGAUAUUCUUUAAAGUUAAGUGCAUGUGCAUUCCCAUUGACUUCGAUGUGCCUAGACCGAAGCAUGUGUCUAAAUGCUUUUCUGAAUUGACACCAUUGAUACUACAGGCCUGUGACACAAAAGACAAAAAACCUAAUCCUGUCCUACUUUUAUUUUCAAAAGCACCCAUUGCUUUGCUCUGAUUGAAUGGGAGUUUCACCACUGACUAACUUCAGCAGGAGCAGAGCUAGGGCAACCCUACUCAUAAUCUUUAUAGUAAAGACAGAAGAACAGCUAAAGAUUCAGGUACAGAGCCAAAUAAAUAUUAAAGGCUUAAGUCAUGUUAGCCAACUAUUAGCAUUGUAGGAGCUGAUCCUGCAGUCUCUGCACACUGUAUACUGCUAGUGAAGCCAACAGGAGUUUAGGGUAUGUGAAAAAGAAGAUUUGGUGUGAAUCCUACAGGUAAUUCAGAACUGUAAAUGUC